UCCAUUCCCAAUCUGUCUUCUUCUUCCUCCAGACUUGCUUCUUCUCUCGCCGAACUCCUUCUUCUUCUCCAGUGAACUUGCAUCCUGACAUUUGGUAUCAAGAGCCUUCGGAUUGGGUGCUCAAAUUUUUUUCCAAUCCAGUCCCGCCCGGCCUCACACUCUUCCCGAGCGCAAGGUCCGCUCCGCCGUUGCUCCUCCGAGCUCGGCGUCCACGCCCCGCCUACCGACUUCUAGUCGGCGGCGGCCACCGCAUAGCGCCGGUUAGCCGUUCCGUCGCUGUCGCCCGCCUCCGAUUCACGCCACUUAGGUUGUAGACAGGGACGUGACUUGCGCGACCUGGCUCCCCGCAAACCCACCAAAUUCGAGUGGCAGAUGAUGACUUCCAUUGACGAGCUCUCGAAGAAGAUCGACGGGUUUGAAGCGGUGAUGACGAAGAUGCUUGACAAGCUUACGGGUCUCGAGGAGUGGCAGUCGACAGUGGAUGCUGCGAUGGCUAAGCUCCUGACGUUGACGACCAGCGCUGCGCCUCCCCUUCCACAGCCGGAGUCCACGCCGCCUCAUGCCGUUCGACCACCUCCACUACCGGUCCGCCCGUCGACUGCACCACCACACCUAUCCGCGCGUGGCCUCAACCCGUUCGACCUUAACUUGGCUCCACAUCAGGAGAUGCGCCCACCUGCAUCAUCCUCGGAGUCGCCCAGCGGGCACCACGUCACUGACCAUCACCGGGAUGUUGGUGGUGGGAUGCUUGGAUCUCAUCCGCCACACCCGGUCACGGGUAUGUUUCCCGACCCGAUUCCUUCUCGCCAUGAGCAACCUCUGAAUCAUGCCCACUCUGUUGGUCGUUCAACACCCAUCCCAAAACUUGAUUUCCCCAAAUUUAAUGGCGAAAACCCUAGAUUAUGGAAGGAUUGCUAUGAGAUGUAUUUUGAGGUUUAUAGCGUGAGUGAUUCCUUGAAAACUCGCUUUGCCGCUUUGAAUUUUUUGGGCACCGCGGCCUCUUGGCUCCACUCUGUCGAAUGCAAAAGGCGCAUUACCAAUUGGGGUCAGUUCUGCACUUUGGUUUGUGAACACUUUGAUCGCAACCAAUACCAAACUCACAUGAAACAGUUUGAUGCCUUACGCCAAACAGGCUCGAUAGAAGAAUACUAUAAUCGGUUCAUAGAACUAUCCCAUCACAUCUUGCUUUACAACCCAGCUUAUGAUCAUGUUUUCUUUGUCACUCGUUUUCUGCACGGGUUAAAAGAUGAAAUUCGUGCUGUCAUUGUUUUACAUCGCCCCAAGGAUGUGGAAACUGCUAGUGCUCUUGCACUUUUGCAGGAAUCAGAGUUGGAGCAAGAAAGGAAGAAAACAUCAUUCAGAAAUGAUAAGAGCAGUUCUACUAAGCCUUAUCAGAAGCCUGGGUAUUCUGUUGAUAAAGGCAAGCUCAAAGGCGAUGCCAAGUUCUCUGAAGAUUCCGAACCACAAGAUAAGCUGGAUUUUCUCAAGGCAUAUCAUUAAGUGUGGCGAGAAAUGGAGCAAGCAACACCAAUGCCCCCAGCAGGUUCCCUUGCAUAUUAUUGAGGAAUUGUUGGAAGUGUUGGAUACUUCUGAUGGUGACAGUUCUAAAGAUGGUGAUCUUGCCAACCCUACAGACUCUUCCCUGAUGGCAUUGUCUGAUUCCACUUCUCCGUCACAAAAGAAACGCAAAACCAUGCAGCUGCAGGGUUUAGUGGGUAAACAAAAGGUUCUCAUCUUAGUAGAUUCAGGAAGUGUAUCCUCUUUUAUCAGUGGAGCUGUGGUUCAGCAACAGCACUUGCCUGUCACCCCUAUUUCUUCAGAGCAUUUCAUUGUGGCAGAUGGAGGUUCAGUCAGCUGUUCUGGAGUGGUUCAGAAUCUGCACUGGUGGACUCAGGGGCAUUCUUUCACACAAGAUAUGCGUGUUUUGGCUUUGGACAGCUUUGACAUUAUCUUAGGGGCUGACUGGUUAGAGGAUCACAGCCCUAUGUGGGUGCACUUGCAGCAUAAGAAGAUGAUAUUCAUGCAUAAUGGCAAGAGAAUUGUGCUACAUGGUCUCAAAUCUGCCAGCAUAGAUUGUCGUUCUGUUGCCUGUCAUAAGCUUAAGGGUCUUCUCAGGCGAAAGGCAAUUACACAUAUGAUUCAGUUACAACGCAUUCCCUUACCAGCACAAGGGUCUGACACCAUUGCAACUAUUGCUGCUUCCACCAAUAGUGAUGCUGUUCCUUCAGACAUUCAGAACGUGUUGGAUAAGUUCUCUCAUGUGUUCCAAGACACCUCUGUAAGUGCAUUUGGCCCCCUAAGUGGGUUUUGAUGAU